UCACUCGUAUCCAGCAAUCAGGUGGAUAUUUGGGUUAUGCCCAAUGGACAGACCUGCAGCAUUUGUGGGCCCAAUGCGACCAAAGGAAAGGAUGUAGAGCACGUGUUGUGCGCAGAAACGGCCGAAAGUUGCUAGUGCUGCGCCAUGGACCAAAAACGGGAUACGUACACUGCAUUCAGUCCGCGAGCCCCGGCAGCUGCUUUGGAUACUGGAAUCGCGGUAUCCGCCUUGUACAACGAAUGUUCCACUGGAGAUGGUGUGUCCCUGUCCAGUUUCUGCCAUCUCGUUGCCCAUCAGCGUCUUCUCUCCUGGGAUUUCGAUCAUUUGUCAUCUCUCAAGACCUUUCGACUGCAGACGGCAGAGGAGACUUUAGACGCGCAGCUCGAUUCCAAGCAACUCCGUCAAGCCCUGCAGGCUUUAGCUGUUGAGUUCUACGGGGCGCCCUACGGUUUGAAGGCCAGCUCAGGCUUGGAUCAUCAGACAUCUAAUCUGAGUGCGAGUGGUGAGCGCCGCAACAGCAGCAGACCCAGCUUUGCGAUGGAAGCUUUGUACAAGAUCCAAGCCUUGCAGGAUUUGUUGCGGGAUGUUAGCAUCCGAAACGCGGAUGUAUCUUUCCAGUUGAAUGGAGUGAGCACAAAGCGAACUGCUUUCUUCGACGAGCAGGUGAUAAGUGCUGCCUACGAGUACGAGAGUAUCAUGAGAAAGCUCUUUCUGCAAUACGAGACGGAAGUGGAAGGGCAAGCGUUGCCACGAGUCGAGGACAGGCUACAACGAAGCAUCAGCGCUCGUUCCUUGUACCGCCUGGCUCGAAGUCUUCGACUGGUGCCGGACUGCAUGGCAUCAGGAGACUUCCACGAGUUGGUUCACGAACUAUACAUUUGUGGUCCAAAAGCUCCGGAAAAGAGAUACUUGAAGGAACUCACAAUGCUUCAAAGCGACGAGGAGCCAGACGUGACUUGGGUUCAGCCAGCAGUGGGCACCAUGCCUGGAGAGCCACGUUUCAGCUUCCCAGAUGUCAUGGAGCUGUUCACUUUAGCAGCCCUGCACACUUCACCGCAAGUCUACAAUGAGCUGAGUCAGGAUCGGGUCGAGCGCGUUCAUGAGAUUUUCAAAGAUCUCCUGCGACUUCCCACGGGCGAGGUUGAAGUCAAUGCUGAAGAGUUCUUGCAGGUGGUUUCUGGAUAUUUGGAUGCUGCGAAAGACAAGGAGCCUUCAAAUCUUGUGGAGAUUUGGGCCGCGCUAGACUCCGAAUUGCCCAAGCUUGCCCCCAAGAAGGAUCCUUACAUACCUCAACCGCCAGCACAAGUUCUGGAGAAGUUACCGCCACAGCCACUGACAUCCGAACAGCGAACGGACGAGAACCAGAGGAAGAAUCCCUAUGGCAGAGGAGCAGCAGGUGGAAAGAAAAAGGGGAAGAAGAAAGCCAAGGGGGUGAAGCAACCGAAAUGGCGUGAGUACUUCUAUGGGAACGUGCCUGUCCAUUGGAAUCAGGUCCAAUGGCUAGGCAAACGGCCGGAGUUGGCUAGGCCUGAGGUGCCACCCAUGUGGCAAACUGACAGCAAGGUUGCAAUGCUGAAGAAUCUUGAUGAUCACAUCGGACGGCAUCGCGACGAGUCACAAGCAGCGAAUAUGCCUGCAAGUGGCUGGGUCCUUCGAUUGCAGCUGAUCGAUGAGCCAUUGAAGGCACCUUCCUGUCCUCAGAGUGAGGAGGUCUCUACGUUGAUGGAGACUGCCCUUAUCUCCCGGAGGUUGAAGCAGUACGACGCAGCCAUGAUGUUGCUGAUUCGAGCACGCAAGUUAUGGGCCACCAUUGAGGCGCGAGGCUCCAUCGGCUCGGAAUGGCAGGAGGUGCAAUUGCUGAUUCCGGCGCCAUCACCCUGGGCUCAGAGUUCACGGGCGACCUUCCCCCACUUGGCAGCCAGGCGUGAGGCGGAGCUUCGAAAGAAAAACACAGCUCUGGAAGCGGACCAAGUCCCUCAAACAGCUCCAAAAUGCAGAGACCCCUACGUGAAGAGCAAGACUGACAUGUUCCUUCCAGGAGGACAUUCAAACGCGCAGCUUGCAAAGCAUCAUACAGAGGGUGAACUUCUGGAGCGCAGGGUAUUGAACAAAAGCCCAGAAGCCAGUGAAGGAGGUAAGACGCCUCAGUCUGCUCGCGGGCGAACGUCAGCUAGCAGAACUCCCAGUCACAACGCAGGUUCUGCGAACAGGCGAUACAAUCCGAAGAAUGAUUUCCAUUCUGCACUGGGCGAUGGGGACGAGGAUUUGGAUUUAUUGCCACCACAGGCCACCGUUUUCUUCUUCUGCGAGCUUGCUUCUCUACAUUCAGCCCUGCAAGAGGAUGAGCUCUCUGGAUUGCUGCUUUGGCGUGCCUUGGGGUCUUGCAAAAGGCUUUCACCCUAUGAUGCCAAUGCUGCAAUGGUCUGGAGUGGUCUGGGCCGGGUAGCUUUCUACUCUGGCAGCUUCGAAGCUGCAGCACGGCUCUACAUGCGGGCCAGAUCCAUCCGGGAAAAGGCACUUGGUGGGGACACCAUUGAUACAGCCACGGCCUACAACAAUCUCGCCUGCUGCCUGGCGGCCCUGGAUCGGCCGGUGGAGGCUGCCGCCUUCACCGAGCUGUCAGUGGAGAUCUUGAAGGAACUGGCUGGUGAGGAUCACCCCCGUACUCACACGGCCAUGCGCAACCUCGGAAAGGUUCGCACUGCACCAAAGAAGGUUGCCAUGGAGGCGCCAUACCUCUACAGUCUGCCACUAAGGGAUUUUACGCGAGCGCUUCGAUCUGGGCGCAGGAAAAAGAAGAAGAAGGGACGCUCCAAGUCCGGGAGUUCGUCCCGCUCCAGCAAAAGUGCAAAGUCUAGAAAAUGAAGCAUCAUGUUGCUGGAAAAUCUUUCUGGGCUGGGACCAGCACUUGUUGCAUUGUCAUUACGGUUGUGUUUUUUCUUUUCGAAGGCAACAUUUGCUGAAUCCUUGAUAACGAACGGUUCUAGUUGCAAAUGCACUAGAAUCCUUCCGAUAAUUCCUCAAAAAAGGUAAUGAUUUAUCAUAAACUACAAUCAAGGAAAAAAA